AUGGCAAGAGCAGUGAACAACAAUGACAAGAACUUGAAGUCAAUGCUCCAGGACCAGCAAGAUGAAAAUGCAGCUCUCAAAACUGUACUUCUGAAUGUCAAAUCCCAAUAUGAAGCCGAAAGCGCAGCUCUCAAAGCCGAAAUUGAAGAUACCCAGGCCAAGCACAAAGCCGAAAUCAAGGAUCUGAAAGCCGAUUACAAGACUCUCAAGACAGAUUACAACACCAUGCGAACAGAAAGAACGUCCCUACGUUCGGAAAAAGGCAAAAGCAAUAAGCUCAUCAAAUCUCAGGAUGCCAGAAUCAAGCUCCUGGAGGAGAAACUCAAAGAUUGUGGUGGCGACUUCGACGAGUUAGUCAGUUCAAAUACAAAGACAAAGUCAGCUACCACAGCCACGACGUCAGGCAGAGUCAGCAAAGGAGCGAAGGGAGGCGCCAAGGGAGGUUCGAAACGCAAGUAG